AUGAAGUCCGCUCCAGUUCUCGCUAUUCUCUCGCUACUCCCCGCCGGCAGUUUUGCCUCUUGGGCCGGGAAUAUCAAUUACCUUUCUCCUUCUAUGCACCACCCUUCUCUCGGAAUUUCUAUCCGUCGUGUGGCAAAGCGAAAUGUCCCGGGUACAGAAUACACCCCUCAGCAGCUUAACUUCACACAUGGAGUUGCAAGUGGUGACCCGCAUGCUUCGUCUGUUAUCCUCUGGACCCGAGCUGCGCCAAUGAUGCACUCAGUUAACGACGACGGUGCUGUCACUGGACUAUCGCCAAUGUUCUGGCAUGGGCCUGAGGUUACUUCGACAGCCCCGGUAUGUGUGGAGUGGAAAGUUGCCAAGGAUAAGGCAAUGAAGCAGACAGUUUGCAAUGGGAAGGCAUAUACUAGCUCUGAUAUCGACUUCACAGUCAAGGUCGAAGCCAAGCAUUUGAAACCAUUCACCAACUACUACUACCAAUUCAAUAUCUGUAACUCGAAUAUUAAGAGCCCUAUCGGACGAACAAAGACUGCACCAGGAGAAAACGAUCACCUUGCAAGAGCUCGCUUUGCUGUGUACUCCUGUGCUUUCUAUGCUUAUGGUUACUUCAACGCCUAUGGCCAAUCUGCUAGAAAAGACUCAGUUGACUAUGUUCUCCAUUUGGGUGACUAUAUCUACGAAUACGCACGAUAUGGUUACACCGGUGAAGGUCCUGACAUCGACCGUGUCCCCCAACCUGAACACGAACUCUUCACCCUCUACGACUAUCGUGAGAGAUUUGCGACCCAUAGAACUGAUGAGGAUCUCCUUUUGUCCCAUCGAAUGUUCCCAUGGAUCGCAACAUGGGACGAUCAUGAGGUCGCAAAUAACGCAUGGCGUGACGGUCACUUCAAGAUGAACAAUACUGAGAACACCUUCAUCGAGGAUGACCCGGUUAGCGUUGGUCAGAGGAAAAUGAAUGCUGUUCGUGCUUAUUUCGAAUGGAUGCCUAUUCGACAAGUUGAUAUGGAUGACAACCUUCGAAUCUGGAGAUCAACUGCCUUUGGAGAUCUUGUCGAUUUAGUCAUGUUGGAUACCCGCCAUUACGACCGCUCUAUCACUACCCUCUGGUAUAACGAUGACUACAUCUCAAAGAUUUCUGGUGAACCAAAUAGAUCCCAAAUGGGUCCUCGUCAGGAAAGCUGGUUCUUCCGUCAACUUUCCGAGUCUCAUAAGCGUGGAACUACCUGGAGACUCGUCGGCUCGCAAACAGUAUUUUCAUAUUUGAACCUUGGAGACCCAAGUGAACCAGAUGAGCCUAGUUUCAGAUUGGACGCAUGGCAAGGUUAUACCGCUUCCCGUAACCGCACUCUCCACCAUCUAUAUAGCAACAACAUCCCCAACAACAUCGUCCUCGCCGGCGACUCACAUGCCAGCUGGGUUUCCGAUCUCGUCUGGUUGAACUCUACCGACCCAGAUCCAAGGCCAGAGGACCAUCCAGACUACGAUCCAAGAACCGGACGUGGCUCCAUCGGUGUUGAAUUCGCUUCCACAUCGGUUGCAUCCCCAGGUAUUGGCGGGUGGGAUCCAAAGCGGGAAGAAACACAAGAAAAGUCGGAUUUAUUCAUUAAGACCAAUCCUAGCUUGCAAUGGACUGACCAGCACCAUCGCGGUUAUAUGGAACUUGAUAUCUCUCAUGAGAAGGUUAAGACGACCUACUUCGGUAUUCCAUCUGUUCUGUCUCGCAACCGUAAGGAGAUUCAGAUGGCCCAGUUUGAGGUUUAUAGGGAUGAGAAUAAGGUCCACAGACCUGCUGGUGGAUUUAAUACCAAAAGUGGUUCUGCAAAGAAAUACCCUAAGGUUUAA